AUGGCCGAAAAGGUUAGCUGGAGCCCCGACAAGACCGUGUUCUUCCUCGACGGCCGUGCCAUCGGAACCUGCCGCCUCCAGGAGAUGAUGCAGCGCAUGGUGCAGGACGCUACCGGCAUCGUUCACAAGCUUUUUGGCGAGCAGACCGCCUGGGUCUGGGAGUGUCUCGAUCCCCAGCAGCUCUACGAUCGCAUCACGUGGCGGAAGACCGGCAGUGACUGGACCGACCUCCCAGCGAUGGCUUUGUCUAUACCCUACGAGGUCAUCAUCAGUGGUAGUCGAUCUUGUGGUCAGAUGAAACUGCUGCACACCACCUUUAAUUAUCAGGGCCAGAGUAUCCUUGGAUCUGACUUGCGCUUCACUCGAAUCGUCGCCUACCGAAACGAGCCAAACAACACGAACGUGCAGGAACAACGACAGCUACGCCAUAUUACCCAGUUCCAGGUUGCCACCAUUGUCGGUCCGCGCAAUGCCGACGUCAAAUACUUCGCGACUGCUUUUACAGUCGACAGCGAAAGCACGUCGCCCCGCAUUACAUUGGAGCAGUACCGCCGCAGAAGAAUCCAGGGUGCCGUCAAAAGGCUCAUGCUCUCCGUCAGGCAUUCGAGCAUCUUCUAA